AUGACGGUUUCCGAAAACGGUACCUCUUCUUGCCUGACUGUGGAAUGGACUAUGUCAUCAAACAGUGGAGCAGAUUCGUUCAUACUUCGCUAUGCGCAGCUUCAUUCCGACUUUAUCAACAGCGUGACACUGCAACAUAAGGACCGGUCGAUCCAUCUUUGCGACGGCAUCUCUCCCGGAGUCAUUUACAGAAUCUCUGUGGCAGUGAAAAAGCGAAACAGUGUUUCUGAAGAAAAGACUGUAAUCUACACCGUGCGACCUCUAGCACCAGCUGAUUUUAAGAUUUCUCCUGACAUCACAAAGGGAAAGUAUCGGCUGAUAGCAGAUCUGCUACCACAAUCACAAUAUGAUGGAUGUCAUGUAGCAGUGGUCAGCGAAACGCUGGAAAAGAUCGAAGCCGAAGGAGAUCUGAGCGGAGAAAAAGGCAAUCAGAGCUGCCAUGCUCUGCUUUCCCUGGUUCCUGGUGAACGCUUCGAGUUCACUCUCUCAACUCACUCGAACAAUGUCACCAGUUCUCGACUUCAUCGCAGCGUUGUGCUUCCUCCAGCCUUCAACAUGACCGGCUUUGGGCUGAACUUGCAG